AUGAUGAAGAAAUCCAACCAAGUACCAAAAAUGAUUGGCCAGUCGUUAGAAAGGAGCGUGGAUAGCGUGCUGGAGUCCGUCUCCUCAGUGGGAACGAGGUCCACCGGCGGCAUCGGCGGUCGAAGGUGGGUGUCUAGCGUAGAAGAACCAGUUCGACAGAACUCCAGCACUACCCGGCUUAGUCCAGCCGCGGAAUCCGACAUGUCAGCGGCUAGAGGUCCUAACGUGUCGGUGCUGCACCUGCGUAGUUCGUCUGAACCAUGGGAAACCAGUCCUACGUCGGUUUAUCCUACGGGUGGCGCCUCCAGCAGAUCGUACUUUGUCAAUCGUAGGGUCGGACCGAGUGUUCCACCCCUCACCAAACACCAGUCGUUAGGCAACCCCAGUCAGUUGUAUAGCAAUAGCAAAUGGACCAAUUCGCCCAGCUUUCAUGCGGAUGGUGAGGUAAACUCACCCGAAAUGUUCAUAGGCAACACUAAUUGCAACAGAGAACUCUCCCCGGUUCGAUGGUGUGACAGGGAAGUCGACGGGGUGUAUUUAGGCAGAUCAGGAUGGGUACAAGUACAACAAAGAUCCUUAGAUGAAAAUAAACGGCAUAGCUAUACGGGUAAAGCAACCACAUCAUCUUUACAGCCGGUAAGAAGGACAAAUAUUAAAUUGUCCGAUUAUCACUUCAACAGCGAACCGGGCAAAUACUCGGACAUGCAGAGGCCGGCAUAUCUAUCACUACAACCUCGAGAUUUUGAAAGAAAGGUGUCCUCUCCCCAGCCUCCACCCGAAUCACCACCUUCUGUCACACCUAUAAUUUCACCACCGCCAGCAUUUCAAGAUAAGAAUAAGGGUGCCACCAAAAGUCGAACGUUUUUUGGUAAGACGCCCUUCUUACCGCGUUCUAACGCAAUCGAAGAUAGCGACGCUAGCCCUCCGGCAUCCCCACCAACACUAAAGUGGAAAAACGCAAUCCAAUCUGUUACACAAUCACGAAAAACGAAAACAGCUGCUCCUUCUCCGGCCAUAGAAAAACCUCUAAGAUCUUUCAAUAGAAUACCACAAACUAAAUCACUGGAAGAUACCACGGCUGUAAGGCGUUCUCAAUUCAUACAACACUACGGAGGCUCCUCGUCCUCAUCUUCAUCUUCCAUGGGUUUCAGAAGUCUGGAUAGUCACUUUAAUAGAUCCGGCCAUGUCAUGCCUCGUCUUUCAGAAAAUACCGAUUCCUCUAUAGACGUUUACGAGGAUGCCGACGAAGAAGACAAUAACAGCUCGUCUCUCAAUGUCAGCGUAAUUUCUACUUUACAUACCAGCAUGGCACAGAGCGAUUUCAAUCGAGUUAGGGAGAAGGUUUCGCCCUCUGGUCGUUCGAAUAGAUUGCCGCAGCAUCGCAUACAAACCCGCCGUUCACCUGCAGGAUCAGAUACGAAUAAACCUCCGAACUGCUCAUCCCCCGGUUCGUCAUCGACUAGCAGUAAUGAAUUUCUUUCACGCUCUCCGCCCGCUCCCUCUCAACAACAGAUACGGCGUAGUGCACCUAAUCGACCUUAUCAGACAGCAAAAUCCCCAUCACAGGAGGAUCCGUCCCUUCAAAGGGUCAGGCGUUCUCGAAGUUUGCAAUUACCCGAAAAGAAACCGCCGACGUUUAGUCGGGAGUCAUCUGCUCAAACCAGAAUUUCUCCACAACAUCAAGAGCCACACAGGAUAAUUAAAAUAGGACCCACUUCGGAGCGUCAAAAGAAGUACAUUUCACAGCCCGCGAAAACUCAGUCUGCAGACGGCCAUAUCUUGAAUGAGGAUUUGUUACGGGAGGCCGAAGUCGUCACUGGAUUUUUAUAUGGGAACAGAUCUAGAGCGGCCGCCCAGGCUCUUCUCAUGCAUAGAUAUAACAAUAGUAGCGUCAGUAAAGAAGAAAAAAGUAAAGAUGUUAAUAAACCGAUUAACAACGGACUUACCGUUUAUUAUGUAGGUAAUAACAAGAAAGAUAAACAAAAGGUACUUGUUAGGGGAUCUACCAGUCCGAGUUUGAUGAGCAAACACAGUUUUGAGAUGAGACACGAACAAAAAAAUCCCUGUAAACCCGACACUUGCGAUUUUUGGCCACAUUGCGCUCACAGGGAUAGUCUGAAUCGGGAAGCUCAGUUCGUAAUGCGCUCUUCUCAAAGUUAUCCGACACAUCAGAGGUCCUUGGACUCGACUAAUAUGGAAGCGAAUAGAGCUGCUGCCAAUUUAAGGGAGAGAAAAAUGCAAGACAAGCACAAACGUCGUCUAGCUCAAGAGAUGGAAAAGCGGAAGUUGCAGAACGAUGCCGGAAAGGAGAUUCGCGAGCGGCGCCUGAGCCCCAAUAAACAAUCUGUGAAACGUGACCAAAUUGAUAGUGUUGUUUUCGAAAAAAAGGUUUCCCCCGUUAAUCCGAAAAGCCGUACGCCCACUUUCCCUAAUGUAAGUGGUUCGUCUUCGGGAAGUGACGCCUGGCUGACAGUCGUGGAUCGGAAAAGUAAUGUUAAAGGUUCCGGUGCGUCGACACCCCUCGAGGACGUGUUAAGUGGUGUGAAAGACGAGAAAUCGCGCGAAAUCGUUAUGACUAGACCUGGAAGUGCGCCUUCGGAGGAGAGAUCAGCGGAGAUGCUUGUCUCGCAACAACGGUCGAUGUCCCUACCCAAGUCAUUCCUCUCUGCCACCAAUUAUCAGCAGCAACAACAGCAGCAGCAGCAACAGCAGCAGCAGCAACAGUAUCCCCAUAUCCAAUCUAAUGGGGACAAGUCGGGUGCCAGUACAGACCAAGGUAUUGGUCCAUAG